AAAAAAUUACGCGUGGAAUUUGUAUUUUGUGGGAUCCUAUCUUUUACCUGUUUCUGUCUUUUGUCUGGCUCCUGGGCUAUCGGCUCUCAAGUCUGCAAGUAUUAUUAGUUCAGGUUGAGUUUUAAGGUGGUUGCUACAAUCCCCAGAUCAGCAACACUUGCUAAAUCGCCUGUCAUUUUGAGUGCGAAAAUGAGUGAUAAGAGUAAAACCAAGUCGCGAGGGUCGGCAAAUGCCAUCGCCAAUGCAUCUGUAUCCGUGAACGAACGAAUCCUUCAGGAAUGCCAUAAAUUAUACGUUGAAGAUAAAACUGGUUUAAUCGAUAUAGCAAAAGGGGUUGGCAUAACUUUAUUGGAACCUAGAAAAAAAAUCACUGUUCUGCUCAUUGGAAAUCACUCUGCUGGCAAAAGUACUUUUAUAAAUUGGUAUGUUGAGGAACAUGUUCAGCGUACUGGAGUGGCAAUCGAAACGCAAGGAUUCACCAUAGUGACUAGUGGUCGCAAAAGGGAAUCAUUGACUGGUAAUGCGACAAUGCACCUUUAUCAACAUUUGCAGCCAUUGCAAAAAAUGGAAGGAGUUAUCGAUUAUGUUGGCACGGAAAUUUCUACUUCGAAACAAAAGAAGUUUAGUUUGGUUACUUUUAUUGACACACCGGGUCUUGUGGAUGGUGACAUGAAAUAUCCUUUCGAUGUUAAUAAGUCGAUUCUAUGGCUUGGCGAUAACAUAGCAGAUCUGAUUUUUGUCUUUUUCGAUCCGAUUGGGCAAGCCUUGUGCAAACGCACUCUAAAUAUUGUUGAGGAAUUGAGUGAAAAACAUGCGGAACGAAUGAAGUUUUAUCUCAGUAAAGCGGAUGAAGCAGGACAUGAAAGUGAUCGACAACGAGUUAUGAUGCAAAUUGUUCAAGAACUUUGCAAACGACCAAACUUGAAUCGGACUGGAUUUGAUAUGCCUACUAUUUAUGUCCCAACUCUUGGAAAACAAAGUCGCUGUGUAAAUCAGAUUGAUGAUGUUUGUAAAGAAGUCGAAAGAACAAUCAAUGCUACAAUCCAAAAUACUCUCAACCAAUUGGAAAAAGAUUGCAACGAUAUUGCUGAUGCUAUUGACGAAAAACUAAGAAUUGAUGAUGAAGCAUGUUCGUUCAACCGAAAAGCCAAAAGCAGGCGCUGUAUUUUUUCUCUGUUUGGUUUAUUUUUGCCGAUGCUCCUAGUUGCAAAUUUUCUGGCUGUUGGUAUGUCUGAUGACUUUCUCCAUUCUACAUUAGGAACCUCGGGUACUGCAACACUGCGAAAAUACACUUCUCCAGUCUCAGCAAUGUGGACGGCUGUGCCUCAGUUGUACCAUUGGCACGUUCUUGGUGCCUUGAUUGUAUUUUCUAUCAUACUUCUUAUUCUCGCUCAAUUAUCUUCAAAAUCGAAAGUUACUCUGGCAAGGAAGCAAAAAAGAUCACUGCUGGAGCGAAGGGAAUUUGUUCAAUCCAAAGUCAAAAGCAGAAAGGAGGGUUUAUACAAGGAAUAUCUUCAACAAAGCAUUGGAUCUCAAGAAAUAUAAACUAAACAGAGGAAAUAGUUACUUUCUAGGAUAAUUUUGUAUAUUGAAGUUACUAAAGACGUCUAGAUUUCUAUACCUAUUAAGUUCAUGUUUUUUGUAUAAUUUGAAAAGUUCAUUCACAAAUAUUUCCAAAAAAUGGCUAUUUCUUACAUUGAAGUAAUUGCAUGAUAUCUUUGCACUAAAUUCUAAAAAAUUCAAGUCAUCAAAUAGAUGUCAUGAUUUUCUCGUUAAUCUGACUUUUGAUAUAAUUAUGACUGAUCCUUUUGUAUGUAUGUUUGUGGCAAUGUGUUUAGUUCAAUAUUUGAAUUAUUUUUGAUUAUUGAAGCAUCUUUGUAACUGUGGCUGUAUAUUUUAGUGUUACAGCAAUAAUAUUUUAAUGAUAUGGCAACAUUGUUAUGAUUGAUACAAAAUAGGCAAGCGCCAUAACAUGAUUCUCCAUCAAAAAUUUUUUUUUUUGCACAAGCAUUAUCACGCUAAAUUACACUAAAAUAAUUAUUCAGUGUAAUGUGGUUUGUUGUUUAUGUGAACGUCAAUCAUCUUGACUGAUUGAUACCAUAAGUAUUAUCAUCCAAUGUGGAAUAUUCACUAUCAUUGCUCUUAAGGCAGGGAUUGGACUGAGUGCUUUUUGAUCAAAAUUUGCAGUCAUUUAUGAGAUAUAAUACAAUUCCUAUCAUAUUCUGCUGCUUCACAGCUAGCUAGCUCAUCAUGACUUAUUAUUCUGUUGUCACAUUCAAAUCAUGACUUAUGCUAUACUUCCUGCCCCUGGUUCAGUAAACAAAUUAGAUUAUUAUUCAGAUUGAAUUCUUUUAAAAUUGUCUAUUACAAAAAUAUAUUAUGAGAGUGUAUUAGUCAUUAUUUAUGUUAAUUUUUUUAAUUUGGAGUUGUUUAGAACAAUAGGGUCCGUAGAAUUUUAAAUAAAUUCAAUACAUUAUUAGUUUAUAUUUCCAUACUGUGGAAUGAAAAUUCUUAUUUGUUAACAAUAUUAUUUGACUACCAGAGCGCUAAAUUAUUUUCCUAGUACAUAAUUCAUUUCAUCAUUAUGAUUGAUGACCUACCUAUUUUGCCUGUUACAAUGUUUAAUGAUUAGUUUUAGUACAAUACUACUAUUGAUAAUUUAGUUUGUUUGUGAUUUUGCAA